AUGGCGGAGCCCGCGCAGAAGAAGGCCCGCACCACGCGCACCUUCCUGUUCUCCUCAGAGUCUGUGAACGAAGGUCCCAUCUGCGACCAAGUCUCGGAUGCUGUCCUGGAUGCCUGCCUGAAGGUGGACCCCAAGAGCAAGGUGGCCUGCGAGACCGCGACCAAGGACAACAUGGUCAUGGUGGCUGGGGAGAUUACCACCGGAGCCAAGCUCGACUACGACAAGGCAAGGCAGUUGCAGUAUGUUUCCAGCGGUGACCAGCCACAGGUGGUGCGCGGAGUUGUGGCGCAGAUCGGCUUCGACAGCUUUGUGGACGACCUGUCCAGCGUGGACAGCAAGGGUUUGAGCCACAAGACCUGCAGCUCGGCGUGGCCAGUCACAAGCGAGGUCCUGGUGCGCAUCAACAAGCAGAGCCCGGACAUUGCCGGGGGAGUGCACGUGGGCAAGGAUGAGAUGGAUGUGGGCGCCGGAGAUCAGGGCAUCAUGUUCGGCUAUGCCAGCGACGAGACGUCCGAUUGCAUGCCCCUGACCCACUCCAUGGCCACUCGCCUCGGCAAGACCCUGACCGACGUGCGCAAGAGCGGCGAGUGCUGGUGGCUGCGACCUGACGGCAAGACGCAGGUGACCAUCGAGUACAUGCAGCACCCAGAUGGCUCUGUGGAGCCGAAGAAGAUCCACACCGUUGUCAUCUCCACGCAGCAUGCAGAGCCGUCCAAGGCCAAGCGUACACAGGAGUGUGCUGGCUACAGUGGUGCGGAGAUGGUCGCACCCAGCAUGGAGCAGAUGAACAAGGAGAUCGAGGAGAAGGUCAUCAAGCGAACGCUUCAGUCCAUCAAAUUGAAGAACGGCCAGCCCGCCAUCAGCCUUUAUGGCAGCCACACGCACCUGCACAUCAAUCCGUCGGGCAAGUUCAUCAUCGGUGGUCCUCAGGGCGAUGCGGGCCUUACUGGCCGCAAGAUCAUCAUUGAGACGGCUGCCUACUGCCACUUUGGCCGUGAGCCUGUCACCAAAGAUGGCAUCAAGUUCUUCGAGUGGGAGAACCCGAAGAACUUGGGCAAGUACAAGAGCAUGAGCACGGCUCAGGCGACCCAGAAACUGGGCCCGCCCCCCUCCAUUUGCCAGACCACUGCAGCGCGCGAUGCCACAGGAAUGCAUGCUCGUUGCUCGUGCAUGCCUGCUUACGCUUGCCUCGCAGCCUGUUUUACCAUUUUUGUGCGCCUUAGUCCACUUGCCUCCCACGCAGCCAUGGCGGAGCCCGCGCAGAAGAAGGCCCGCACCACGCGCACCUUCCUGUUCUCCUCAGAGUCUGUGAACGAAGGCCACCCGGACAAGAUCUGCGACCAAGUCUCGGAUGCUGUCCUGGAUGCCUGCCUGAAGGUGGACCCCAAGAGCAAGGUGGCCUGCGAGACCGCGACCAAGGACAACAUGGUCAUGGUGGCUGGGGAGAUUACCACCGGAGCCAAGCUCGACUACGACAAGGCAAGGCAGUUGCAGUAUGUUUCCAGCGGUGACCAGCCACAGGUGGUGCGCGGAGUUGUGGCGCAGAUCGGCUUCGACAGCUUUGUGGACGACCUGUCCAGCGUGGACAGCAAGGGUUUGAGCCACAAGACCUGCAGCUCGGCGUGGCCAGUCACAAGCGAGGUCCUGGUGCGCAUCAACAAGCAGAGCCCGGACAUUGCCGGGGGAGUGCACGUGGGCAAGGAUGAGAUGGAUGUGGGCGCCGGAGAUCAGGGCAUCAUGUUCGGCUAUGCCAGCGACGAGACGUCCGAUUGCAUGCCCCUGACCCACUCCAUGGCCACUCGCCUCGGCAAGACCUUGACCGACGUGCGCAAGAGCGGCGAGUGCUGGUGGCUGCGACCUGACGGCAAGACGCAGGUGACCAUCGAGUACAUGCAGCACCCAGAUGGCUCUGUGGAGCCGAAGAAGAUCCACACCGUUGUCAUCUCCACGCAGCAUGCAGAGCCGUCCAAGGCCAAGCGUACACAGGAGUGUGCUGGCUACAGUGGUGCGGAGAUGGUCGCACCCAGCAUGGAGCAGAUGAACAAGGAGAUCGAGGAGAAGGUCAUCAAGCGAACGCUUCAGUCCAUCAAAUUGAAGAACGGACAGCCCGCCAUCAGCCUUUAUGGCAGCCACACGCACCUGCACAUCAAUCCGUCGGGCAAGUUCAUCAUCGGUGGUCCUCAGGGCGAUGCGGGCCUUACUGGCCGCAAGAUCAUCAUUGUGCCUGGGUCGGCAGUUGUUGCAGCUAGGCAUGAGACGGCUGCCUACUGCCACUUUGGCCGUGAGCCUGUCACCAAAGAUGGCAUCAAGUUCUUCGAGUGGGAGAACCCGAAGAACUUGGGCAAGUACAAGAGCAUGAGCACGGCUCAGGCGACCCAGAAACUGGGCCCGCCCCCCUCCAUUUGCCAGACCACUGCAGCGCGCGAUGCCACAGGAUCCGCCAGGCCAAGUGCCGGCGCGCUUGUGGCGGAAUGCAUGCUCGUUGCUCGUGCAUGCCUGCUUACGCUUGCCUCGCAGCCUGUUUUACCAUUUUUGUGCGCCUUAGUCCACUUGCCUCCCACCUCAGCCAUGGCGGAGCCCGCGCAGAAGAAGGCCCGCACCACGCGCACCUUCCUGUUCUCCUCAGAGUCUGUGAACGAAGGCCACCCGGACAAGAUCUGCGACCAAGUCUCGGAUGCUGUCCUGGAUGCCUGCCUGAAGGUGGACCCCAAGAGCAAGGUGGCCUGCGAGACCGCGACCAAGGACAACAUGGUCAUGGUGGCUGGGGAGAUUACCACCGGAGCCAAGCUCGACUACGACAAGGUGGUGCGCGGAGUUGUGGCGCAGAUCGGCUUCGACAGCUUUGUGGACGACCUGUCCAGCGUGGACAGCAAGGGUUUGAGCCACAAGACCUGCGAGGUCCUGGUGCGCAUCAACAAGCAGAGCCCGGACAUUGCCGGGGGAGUGCACGUGGGCAAGGAUGAGAUGGAUGUGGGCGCCGGAGAUCAGGGCAUCAUGUUCGGCUAUGCCAGCGACGAGACGUCCGAUUGCAUGCCCCUGACCCACUCCAUGGCCACUCGCCUCGGCAAGACCUUGACCGACGUGCGCAAGAGCGGCGAGUGCUGGUGGCUGCGACCUGACGGCAAGACGCAGGUGACCAUCGAGUACAUGCAGCACCCAGAUGGCUCUGUGGAGCCGAAGAAGAUCCACACCGUUGUCAUCUCCACGCAGCAUGCAGAGCCGUCCAAGGCCAAGCGUACACAGGAGUGUGCUGGCUACAGUGGUGCGGAGAUGGUCGCACCCAGCAUGGAGCAGAUGAACAAGGAGAUCGAGGAGAAGGUCAUCAAGCGAACGCUUCAGUCGAUCAAGUUGAAGAACGGCCAGCCCGCCAUCAGCCUUUAUGGCAGCCACACGCACCUGCACAUCAAUCCGUCGGGCAAGUUCAUCAUCGGUGGUCCUCAGGGCGAUGCGGGCCUUACUGGCCGCAAGAUCAUCAUUGUGCCUGGGUCGGCAGUUGUUGCAGCUAGGCAUGAGACGGCUGCCUACUGCCACUUUGGCCGUGAGCCUGUCACCAAAGAUGGCAUCAAGUUCUUCGAGUGGGAGAACCCGAAGAACUUGGGCAAGUACAAGAACAUGAGCACGGCUCAGGCGACCCAGAAACUGGGUCCGCCUCCCUCCAUUUGCCAGACCACUGCAGCUCGCGAUACCACAGGAAUGCAUGCUCGUUGCUCGUGCAUGCCUGCUUACGCUUGCCUCGCAGCCUGUUUUACCAUUUUUGUGCGCCUUAGUCCACUUGCCUCCCACGCAGCCAUGGCGGAGCCCGCGCAGAAGAAGGCCCGCACCACGCGCACCUUCCUGUUCUCCUCAGAGUCUGUGAACGAAGGCCACCCGGACAAGAUCUGCGACCAAGUCUCGGAUGCUGUCCUGGAUGCCUGCCUGAAGGUGGACCCCAAGAGCAAGGUGGCCUGCGAGACCGCGACCAAGGACAACAUGGUCAUGGUGGCUGGGGAGAUUACCACCGGAGCCAAGCUCGACUACGACAAGGUGGUGCGCGGAGUUGUGGCGCAGAUCGGCUUCGACAGCUUUGUGGACGACCUGUCCAGCGUGGACAGCAAGGGUUUGAGCCACAAGACCUGCGAGGUCCUGGUGCGCAUCAACAAGCAGAGCCCGGACAUUGCCGGGGGAGUGCACGUGGGCAAGGAUGAGAUGGAUGUGGGCGCCGGAGAUCAGGGCAUCAUGUUCGGCUAUGCCAGCGACGAGACGUCCGAUUGCAUGCCCCUGACCCACUCCAUGGCCACUCGCCUCGGCAAGACCUUGACCGACGUGCGCAAGAGCGGCGAGUGCUGGUGGCUGCGACCUGACGGCAAGACGCAGGUGACCAUCGAGUACAUGCAGCACCCAGAUGGCUCUGUGGAGCCGAAGAAGAUCCACACCGUUGUCAUCUCCACGCAGCAUGCAGAGCCGUCCAAGGCCAAGCGUACACAGGAGUGUGCUGGCUACAGUGGUGCGGAGAUGGUCGCACCCAGCAUGGAGCAGAUGAACAAGGAGAUCGAGGAGAAGGUCAUCAAGCGAACGCUUCAGUCGAUCAAGUUGAAGAACGGCCAGCCCGCCAUCAGCCUUUAUGGCAGCCACACGCACCUGCACAUCAAUCCGUCGGGCAAGUUCAUCAUCGGUGGUCCUCAGGGCGAUGCGGGCCUUACUGGCCGCAAGAUCAUCAUUGACACCUACGGAGGCUGGGGAGCCCACGGCGGCGGUGCCUUCUCUGGCAAGGACCCCACCAAGGUGGACCGAUCAGCCGCCUACAUCUGCCGGCAGAUGGCCAAGUCCGUGGUCAGCAGCGGCCUGAGCGCGCGCUGCCUGGUGCAGCUGUCGUACGCCAUCGGCGUGGCCAAGCCCCUGUCCCUGUUCGUGGAGACCUACGGCAGCGAGAAGGGCGACCUGACUGUGGACGACAUCACGAAGGUGUUGAAGAUUGAGUUCGACUGCCGUCCGGGGGCCAUCGCGCAGUCCUUGGCCCUGCGUGAGCCAAAGUACCAGGAGACGGCUGCCUACUGCCACUUUGGCCGUGAGCCUGUCACCAAAGAUGGCAUCAAGUUCUUCGAGUGGGAGAACCCGAAGAACUUGGGCAAGUACAAGAGCAUGAGCACGGCUCAGGUGGAUGCCGCCUUGAAGAGCAGCACGUACCUCACAAAGUGGGUGGACUAA